AAAGUUUUGUGAAAGGUUUCUUUUGUAAUACUUUAUGUUCCCUAAACAUUUGCUAGCUUUGACAGCGAAAGUUAGAACUCUCUGUUCAUUGUUCGUGUGCUAUUGUUUGGACUUCUCUUCAUGGGUGUGUUGUAGGAUUAUGAUACGUCUAUGGUUCUUUUAGCAAAUGUUGAAAUAGAAGAAGUUGCUGUAAUCAACUGGUCUGAACUGUGAACACAACUUUCUUCUUUUCCGCAUCCGUUUCACAAUGCUGUAUAAUGUGACCCCGUGUCAGCUUCCGGAAACAACAUCAGGGUUCUCGAACCAUCUGCGCCGAUUCCAUAGUUUCUAUUGGUCAGGAUGAUACCGGCGCUAAUUUGAUUGGUGUAGACAAGAGCCAGUAACGUGUGGCUGCAUUGGACGCAAACUGUUGUCUUCAAGUGCACACAGUGAAUUGAAUGCGAGGUUCACAAAAUAUUUUGUUAUUUUAUUUAACUUGAUUUCGAAACGCAUUUCGCAAUUGCUCAGUGUUGUUCAUUAGUGUAACGCCUACGUUGGUGACUGGUUUUGUGGUUUUAUGGAAGGCAAACGUUCCAUUGUAAACUACAAAUGAUGAAUGAAUUUUCUUCAGAUCUCACCCGCAACACCAGAACUCCUGAAUUAAGAGGUUGUUGAAUAAGGGCAGUCAGAUUAGUUUAAGAACAUCGCCAAAUAUCCAGGGUUGUAGGAGUUUGGUUCUCUCUUUGGUUGAAGCUGAGAUUAACGGAAUUUUGACUUAACUGGAAUGCCGCAUUUUCGCGGGAAAAGACCCAAGCACUAGUACUAGCCUGUCUGUCCCUCUUGGAGAUGGCAGCGAAUGUGAAAAAAAACACAACUGUGAAUUUGAGACGUAUGAACCGUUCUUGUGAACUUCUGGUUUGGCUCAAUGAAACUUUACAGACAGGCUUCACCAAGCUCGAGCAGGUGUGCACAGGUGCAGCCUUUUGCCAGCUGAUGGACUGGUUAUUUCCUGGAUCCCUGGAUCUGUCCGAUGUCCGAUUCCAAAGUGAUAACGUUGUAGACUCCCUCCACAACUACAGUUUACUGGAAGCUGCAUUCAGAAAAGUUGGAGUUGUCAGAUACAUCCCCAUCGAGGCGCUGCUGAAGAGGAACUCUUGCAUAUCUCUGACAUUCCUGCAGUGGUUUAAGCUGUUCUUUGAUGAGAACAACAACGGCAGGGAGUACCAGGCAUUGGAGGCCCGAGGCGGACAGAGUCUGGUUCCUGACAAAUCACACAGGGAUGGGACCCCUCCUCAGAAGCUGUGGGUCAUUGUGAAGAUGGAUGGCAAUACAGAAGAAGAACCAAGAAAAGAAAAGCCACGAGAGAAUUUGAACGGGAAUGCAGAUGUGGUAUUUAUAUCCGAUGAUGAGGAUGAUGUGGUAUUUGUGGAGCAGAAAAGAAAGAAAAUAGCAGUGAAAGAAGAGAGUGCAGAGCCACAGCAGAUGAAGAGCGAGGAGCAAGCACAGACAGCGGUGGAGAAUAAAACUCAGGGGAGCAGUUUCCAAGACAGCUAUGCUUUGUUGUCCUUCAUCAGAAGAUACUGUAAUAAUGUGGAUACUAACUUUAAUACAAGUCCAGACACUCAGGUUUCUGACCCUUCAGCUCUUUCCAUCUUGAGUCCAACCCACCGCAGAGACAUCAUUCAGGCCUGCUAUCAAACGCCCUACUGUCUCUACCUGUAUAUGAAGGUCGAACUGGGGGAAGGACAGAGCACAAGCGUCAUCCUGAUUGGCUACGUCGACCAGGGCUUAGGGGUCAGCGUGGUGAGGCUGUUGUGUGCUCUGCAGAUGAGCGUUGACUCUGAUCCACGAUCAUCAGAGGACAUGGACACGAGCACAGGCACACACAGUGCAGAUGCUGAUGCAUGCCUCCUGAUUGAGACGUUGAAGAACUUUGGCCUCCAUCUGUCCAAUCUUGUUGCAUUUUACUGUGAUGCUUCACACCCAGCAGUGAGCCAGGUGUUUGUAUCCCACCUCCAGGCCUUCAGCCCGAGGUUAGUGUCACUCUGUGGCCUUCCUGGGACGGCAGAAAGAGCCUGCCAGGCUGGACUCUUGCCUUCCUUUCGUUGUGUGGUUGACCUGGUUAGAGACAUCCACCAUCAUUACUCUACCUGCAUUUCCAUCAACGACAGCCUGAAAGAGAUAUUUGCUGGUGCAGACUCUUAUAACCCUUCCCAUCCUAUCUCUGCACAGUGUUUGUUUAUCAUCAACACUGUGCAGAGGAUGGUCAGCAGCUGGAAGGAUUUAGUGGAGUAUUUUAAGUCACUGAGGCAAUCAGAGGAGACUGAGCGGAUCAGAAACCAGCUGCUGGAUUAUAAAGUCAAGCUGCACUUUCAGUUCCUCUCCCAGACGUUGGAGCCCCUCCGAGCUCUUCAAGUGCUGCAGCAGUACGGCCCAGCAGACGUGGCUGGGGAACUCCAGCUCAGCUCCGUUCUGGUUCACUCCUACGCAGCCUGUCUCCUCCGGCCCUCCGCUUUGGAGCGCUUUCUUAAGGAGCGGGACCAGCAUGUCCUCUGCAGUGAGAAGGAGCUGCUCCCCACAGUAGAGGUGGACAUAGGUUCUUGUGCCAGAGACUUCCUGUGGGCCACUGCUGUGGUGGAUCUUGGGGAAUGGGAGAGGAGUGACUUCCUGAAGCAUGCAGUGACUUUCUAUAAAGCAGCUCUACAGAGUUUAGUGCAAAGUGUUCCGAAGACUCUCGGAAACGCGGCGCUCAUGAACGUCAGCAAAGUCCUGAAACAUCCUGAGAAUAUAAAUGGUAAUCUGACCACACAUGUGCUGACAGAGUUGGUGGUCCAGCUUGGUCUGUGUUACCCCGAGUCUCCAGAAACUUAUCAGCUGGCGUACGACUACUUCAGUGCCAUUAACAAAGUGAAGGAGAAGCAGAUGCAAGGAACAGGAAGUCAUUGCUGGGCAAAGAUGCUGGAUGGCAUUAGACCACACUCUGUUCUGCAUAGAUUCCUCCUGACCCUCCUGGCCCUGCCGAGCUCUCUGUGCAGGACGCAGGUGUUUGCUAAGGCGUUCAGCAGCACCAGGGCUCUUCAUAACAGCAAGGAAACCUCUGAAGCCUCACGUCAGCUGGGCAGUUGGGUGCGAAGGCCCCGCCCCCGUAGAAGGAGACAACCAGCCCAGGUAGGUUUGGGUGGCGGGAGAAAAGAAGAUAAGGAUGACGAGACUUCAUCAGAUGACUGUGACGCUUUUGUGGCCAAACCAAGUCUACGUAUUCCCUUCAAACCCGACAGCAAGGACGACUCAGACUACACAGACAAUUCCUCAGAUGUGGUUGAUGUCACUGAAGAGUCAAAAAUGUGCCUGACCAGUUUAACAAAGGCAGAAAGUCCCACAGCUUCACUGGCUGAGUUUGUGUACAUUGUGAGUGAGGAUGAUGACAGCAUCGUUUUGACAAGCAGACCAACCAGCUCAGAAGAACUUCUGGGUGCCAUAGGGGAGCUGGUCUGGGUUGAGGCAGAGGGCUUCUGUCCCUGGCCAGCUGUUAUCGUCGCCUGCACGGGGGAAAAACAACUUCCAGGGAAGAGGAUGGUGGAGUGCUUUGGACAGAGAACGCACUCUCAGGUCAGUUUGCAGGCUCUGAAACCAUUCGCUGCCUUUGCCCAACACUUCAGCGCCAACUCUUUCGCCAUCCUUAUCCCCUACCGAGAAGCCCUCUUCUUGUCCCUGCAGGAGGCAGCUCUGCGUUGUGAGAAGCAGUUUUCUGAAUGUCUGGGGAAGAGAGAUGCGUUGCUGGAACAGCUGUUAGACUGGGCCCUUGAUGGAUUUCAGCCCAUGGGGCCAGACAGACUCAGACCAGCAGCUGCCAUGAAUGGUGUUAUGACAACAAACGACAGACCAAAGGUGAAGAAGCAACUCUUCUUGAAUGCUGACUCUUCUCAUCGCUCCUUCACCUCCUCCAGCAGGAGCAGCAGGAGCUCAGAGCUGAAAGGCGUGGCCGUGUCCAUGAGCAGACUGUCGUGUCACUCUGAAGAUAAGUCUGCCCACAAAGGCAGAGGUGGAACGACUGCAUGGAAAGGAACUGAUUCUGUGGGGAAAGACACUAAAGGAGCGUCCAGAGGAAGGUGGGAGGUAGAGAGAGAUGACUGGGGGGGAGGAGGAGGAGGAUGGGAGAAGGUUAAGGCAGGAUGGGGAAGAGGGAAGGGAGGGAAGGUUCAUAAGAUGAAAAACAGUCUGAUGGAUGGAUUCGAUGACGACACGUCGCCAGACUUUGUGCCGUACAGGAAGAGGACCAUCGCCAAACCUUACCAGAAGGUCACCGAGGCGAGCAGCGUUUACACCCAGCCGGACCAAAAACUCAGAGAGAAGACGAUCUGUAUGAUUAUGAACAUGAAGCUCGACAUUGAAGGCUUCUGUUUGUGUUGUGGAACAGAAAACAUUGAGAUAUUCCACCCUCUAUUUAAAGGAAGUCUCUGCCUGAAGUGUAAAGACAACUUCACAGAAACUCUGUAUCGCUAUGAUGAGGACGGAUAUCAGUCCUACUGCACCAUCUGCUGCUAUGGGCUGGAAGUGGUACUGUGCGGCAACGAUAGCUGCUGCAGAUCCUUUUGUGAGGACUGUCUGAACAUCCUCGUCGGUCCUGGGACGUUUGAUUCGUUGAAGCUGCUGGAGCCGUGGAUCUGCUACUUGUGUCAGCCGCAUCGACGUCACGGCGCUCUGGUUCCCAGGGAGGACUGGAGCAUUCGUGUCCAAGAGUUAUUCCUCAACAACAGCGCCAUGGCGUUCGAGCCACAUCGUGUUUAUCCAUCCAUCCCUGCCAACCUGCGCAGACCUGUCAGAGUCCUCUCGCUCUUCGAUGGCAUAGCAACAGGCUUCCUGGUGCUGAAGGAUCUUGGCUUUAAAGUGGAUAAGUAUGUUGCCUCAGAGGUCUGCGAGGACUCGAUUGCUGUGGCGACAGUCAACCAUGAUGGGAAGAUCAUCCAUGUUAGUGACGCCCGGUUCAUCACCCAGAAACACAUCGAGCAGUGGGGUCCGUUUGAUUUGCUGAUUGGGGGCAGCCCCUGCAACGACCUCUCCAUCGUCAACCCGCUCAGAAAAGGCCUCUAUGAGGGCACCGGCAGGCUGUUCUUUGAGUUCUACCGCAUCCUUCAGCUGCUGAAGCCCGAAGAGGAAGACCCCCGGCCGUUCUUCUGGCUGUUUGAGAACGUGGUCUUCAUGAACACGCAUGACAAAGUCAACAUCUGCCGCUUCCUCGAGUGCAACCCGGUGCUGGUGGAUGCAGUCAAAGUUAGUCCUGCACACAGAGCUCGUUACUUCUGGGGAAACAUCCCAGGGAUGAGCAGGCCCAUCAUCCCCUCCCAGAACGACAAGCUGAGUCUCCAGGACUGUUUGGAGAUCGGUAGAGAAGCCAGGGUCACGAAGGUGAGGACGAUCACCACCAACAAAAACUCUCUGAAGCAGGGCAAAAAAGUCUCCCUGCUGCCUGUCCUCCACCACGGCCGAGAGGACAACCUCUGGAUCACCGAGCUAGAAAGAAUCUUUGGUUUCCCCAAACAUUACACCGACGUGAGGGACAUGAACCGGCAGCAGAGGCAGAAGGUGCUGGGGAAGGCCUGGAGUGUGCCAGUCAUCCGUCACCUCUUCGCUCCCCUCAAGGACUACUUUGCAUGUGAGGAGCUGCCUCCUUUGUCCACCGCCCACUCCUCCACCUCCUCGUCCUCCCCAGCCUCUCCAGAGCUGCAGCGACUCAGAUAGGAACGGGUGGUUUUGCCUUUUUAUGGUGUUUUAUAGGGAUGUGUAUGUGUGUCUGUGUGUGUGCGUGCGUUUCUCUUUUACACUAAACUGAAGGCCUUCAAGACUCUUCAUGCUGCUGUGUUGUUAACAAGACCAAAGCCACGCUGACAAUUAGAGAUCAUGUGUGUCGUGCUUGACUUGAGAGAAACUGUGAAUGUUGUGACAUGAAACGGAGAUGCAAAACGUCUGAAUUUUAUUUAUUGAAGGCCACAGAAGAUCUAUGAAUGCAUGAAGACAGAGAACAGAGUUGAUCAUUUGUGUGUUUUCACUUUUUUUUAAUUUGUAUUUUAGUGUCAGCUGGUUCUUUUACAACAGAAUAAUUACUGUCAGUUUAUUCUUAUUGGUAUUAACUUGGUAUGCUGCCAUUUUAAUUUCUGUCACAACUGAGAAUAUUGUUCAGUGAUGACUAAUCACAGAGGCACCUGGCCCAAUUGACUGAGUAUUGUAAGUAAUAGUAAUAGAUGACUGAUGAUUGUAUGAGGAACAUUUUGAGAAGAGGUUGUUGGUGAGUGGACUCUGCAGUAUUUUUGCACACUGACACCAGAGGGAUGGAUUUUAGUUCUGUGUAUUGCUCAUUUUGAUCUAUUGUCAUUGGUGUAUUUGACCAAUUUAUUGAAUGAAAUAAGGGAUAUUUUACCUGGGGUUGUUGGCAAAACCAGUAAAGAAAAGACAUCCCA